AUGGUGGCCGGUGGCUUCACUUCCACCCCGUACUACCAAAGGGCAAUCAGCAAUCAAGAUUUGCUUCCUGCAGGACCUCUGGGACUGCAGCACUGGAGACACUUGCACCUGACUGUUAAACCAGGCAGAGUGUUUAAUGAUGUCAAAACCUCAGAUAUUAUUGAGGAAACUGGCGUUAAGACAGCUAAAGUUGGACAGACCCUGACUUUACGCUGCUCCUGUCAGCAUGAGGCUGUAACUUGCUUUCUUUGGUACAAGCAAAGUCUUGGAGGUAAACCUUGUAUGAUAUCAAAACGUUUGAGGAACAGCAAAGAAGCCAUAAUCUCCUCAGUAUAUAAAGAUAGAUUUCAAGUUGUUUCAGGGCCAGAAGAAGGACUCAAUGAUCUAAUAAUCAAAGACCUUCAGCCAUCAGAUUCUGGAAUGUAUUACUGUGUUGUUUUAGAAUUCAAUGCCAUUGAAUUUGGACAAGGAAUCUUCCUUCGUGUCAAAGCAGCUUCAUCAAACUCCCAGUUGCCUGUUCAACAGUCUACGUUGACUCCUCUACAAAUCGGAGAUUCACUAAAUCUGAGCUGUAGCGUGUCUGCUGAACCAUGCAAAGGAGAACAGAGCCUUUACUGGUUGAGACAUACUGCCUCCCAACCCUCACUCAUGUAUCCCAGUGCAAAAAGCUGUAUAGGUCUUAAAAAUGGACCCCUUCAUGGUGUUAAUUGCACUUCAAACCUUGAGUUAAAUUCUGUGAUGUCCUCGGAUGCUGGGACCUACUACUGUGCUCUGGCCUCAUGUGGGAUGGUUGUAUUUGGAGAAGGAACAAAUGUGGAGAUUUUAGUGCAUUCUCUCCUGGUGUAUUUCCUGAGUGUGGCCCUCGCUUUCUCCAUUAUUGGGCUCCUUGUUUUGUCUUUCCUGAGACAUAAACUUAAGGCCAAGCUAUGCUUGUCCUGCAAAGUCUAA